CGCGCGCCGCGUCCCUUCCUCUCGAGCCUUUUGUGUUCGAAACUCUCAUAUCUCACAUAUCAAUAAUUCAAGCGCGCGCGAGAGAGAGCAGACGGAGCUCCCCCCCCACACCCCCCAACCCCCCGCGCGCUAUGAGUUCUACUGCCUCGUCACUCGUCCAGGGCCCCUCCGCACCGCGCGCGACUCCCGCUUCUUGUGUUUCCAAGUGACAGAAAAAACCUGCCGAGAAGUGAAGAAAAAGAGGGAAAGGGAGCAGGUGAACACUGGCGACUCGAGCGGAGAUAACGGGGCCAACGAACUGCUUUUCAAAAAAAAAAAAAAGAGAGAAGCCUAAAAAGAAUCCGUCUGGUUUCCCCUCAAAGAGACUGCGAGGGAUAAACUGUUUGCAGAGGGCUAAUUAAAUCCAAGAAAACGGAGUGGCGUCUAGUUCAUCUGGGGGACACGGGGAAACUCUUCCUACCUUACUUUUUUUUAAAAAGAGGGGAAAUAGACCCGCGGCUUCACAAGGUUGUGAAUAGCACCCGAAGAAGUUCACCGUUCUUGUCCGGUAUGUUGGCGUUUUGCCUGCUGAGUGCCGUGUGGCUCGCGGCGAGCCCGGCCCGCGCUCAGAACGAGACGGAACCAAUCGUCCUGGAGGGGAAGUGCCUAGUGGUGUGCGACUCCAACCCGGCCGCGGACCCCACAGGCACGGCGCUCGGCAUCUCGGUGCGCUCGGGCAGCGCCAAAGUGGCGUUCUCCGCGGUCCGGAACACCAACCACGAACCGUCCGAGAUGAGCAACCGGACCAUGGUCAUCUACUUCGACCGGGUUCUAGUAAACAUUGGGAAGAACUUUGAUGAGGAGAGAAGUAAUUUCGUCGCGCCGCGCAAAGGGAUUUACAGUUUUAACUUUCACGUAGUGAAAGUCUACAACCGCCAAACUAUACAGGUGAGCCUGAUGCACAACGGCUGGCCGGUGAUUUCAGCGUUCGCCGGUGACCAGGACGUGACGCGCGAGGCGGCCAGUAAUGGUGUUCUGAUCCAGAUGGAGAAGGGAGACCGGGCCUACCUCAAACUGGAGAGAGGAAACCUCAUGGGAGGAUGGAAAUACUCCACCUUCUCCGGCUUCCUGGUGUUCCCCGUGUAGAGGAAGAGGGAGAGGAAGAAGAGGAGCAGGGGGUGGAAACGAAAGUAGGAGGAGCUGGUGGAAGAUGGGAAGUUCUGAUGAUGACGGGAGGGAAAAGGCAGACGGAGGAAGAAGAGGGGCGUGGGGAAAAGAAAAGGGAUGUGAAUAAGAUGGUGGAAAAGAAGAGGGAUUGUGACAACGGACUCUGUUUGGGACGCUGCAGAGGCAGGAGGGAGAUGUUAGAGAGAUGUAAGAGCAUGGCACAGGAUGAUUAUACAAUGGUAAAAAUGAGAGAAGAAAUGAUGAAGCCAUUACAUGAAAGUGUAUGGCCAGCUUCUUCACUUCCCUUCCUCCUUUCAUCUAUCCUUUCAACCAUUCUUUCCUCCCUCCGUUUUAUUCAGUGGCUUGACUGCAGCUUUGGACAGCCAAAACCUUUUUUAAUAUCUGCUGAAAGACGCAAUUGAUCAUCUAUAUGUUCCAGAGUGUUCUAAUGGCCAAGUGCACCCCCCACC